AAGACUGUCCCGAUGAAUCAAGAGAUCCGUUGACCAUGGCUGGGAUGAUAUUGCAAACUGAUCUAACAAGGGCUCAAUUGCUUGGGGAGGCCCUACAGAAUGCCCGCGGCAGGAAAAAAUUUGUACUUGGCGAACCUUUGAUAUGGCCAGAGUUGCUACCAUUCCUACCAACGAGAAUGGCCGAGUUACACAAAUGGUAUGCCGUGCAAUCUAAAGCUAGUAAAUUAGAGAUGUUCCCAGCUCGGAUUAAAGAUGAGCAUUUCUGGCGGGGGGCAGAUGAUGUAUAUAUCGAGUUUGCAUCACUCUACGAUUUAUACCAUCAAGAUGCCCUUCACAAGUCCCUCGUCAGUGUAUGGUGCAUGUCAAAAAUUCAAAUUUGCCGAAAGAAGAACUUCCAUAACGUCGGGUUCUUCGACCCCGAUAUUAUACACGAGAAAUCGCUAGCGCUAAAUCCUGGAGACAUAGUCAAUGUUAUAUACAGGGGGUUGCGUAAAAAUAGCAUGUGUCCCUUCAUUCUCUUGCCAUACAACCAUCAGUCUUGGUGUACGACUCGUUAAGGCAAGAUAAAUCAAAGUACCAAGAUAUCAUCGA